GAUGUUUACCGGACGUUUACCGGAUGUUUACCAAAUGUUUACCGGACAUUUACCAGAUGUUUACCGGACGUUUACCGGAUGUUUACCAAAUGUUUACCAGACGUUUACCGGAUGUUUACCAAAUGUUUACCGGACAUUUACCAAAUGUUUACCGGACGUUUACCGGAUGUUUACCAAAUGUUUACCGGACAUUUACCGGAUGUUUACCGGACGUUUACCAAAUGUUUACCGGACAUUUACCAAAUGUUUACCGGACGUUUACCGGAUGUUUACCGGAUGUUUACCAGACGUUUACCGGAUGUUUACCAAAUGUUUACCGGACAUUUACCAAAUGUUUACCGGACGUUUACCGGAUGUUUACCAAAUGUUUACCGGACAUUUACCAAAUGUUUACCGGAUGUUUACCAAAUGUUUACCAGACGUUUACCAAAUGUUUACCAGACGUUUACCGGACGUUUACCAAAUGUUUACCGGACAUUUACCAAAUGUUUACCGGACGUUUACCAAAUGUUUACCGGAUGUUUACCAAAUGUUUACCAGACGUUUACCAAAUGUUUACCAGACGUUUACCAAAUGUUUACCAGACGUUUACCGGAUGUUUACCAAAUGUUUACCGGACAUUUACCAAAUGUUUACCGGACGUUUACCAAAUGUUUACCGGACGUUUACCAAAUGUUUACCGGACGUUUACCAAAUGUUUACCGGACGUUUAUCAAAUGUUUACCAGACGUUUACCGGAUGUUUACCAAAUGUUUACUGGAUAUUUACCAAAUGUUUUCCAGACGUUUAUCAAAUGUUUACCAGACAUUUAACGGACAUUUGCAAAAUGUUUACCGGAUGCUUACCAAAUGUUCAUUGUACGCUUACCAAACAUUUACCGGACGUUUACCAAAUGCUUGCCAGAUGUUUACCAAAUGUUUACCGGACGUUUACCAAAUGUUUACUGGACGUUUAUCGGAGGUUUACCAGAUGUUUACCAAAUGUUAACCGGACGUUUACCAGACAUUUACGGACGUUUACCAAAUGUUUACCAGACGUUUUCCGGAUGUUUAUCAGACGUUUACCAGACGUUUACCAGAUGUUUACCGGACAUUUGCCAAAUGUUUACCAGACAUUUACCAAAUGUUUACCAGACAUUUACCAAAUGUUUACCAGACAUUUACCAAAUGUUUACCAGACGUUUACCAAAUGUUUACCGGACGUUUAUCAAAUGUUUAGCAAAUGUUUACUGGAUAUUUACCAAAUGUUUUCCCAGACAUUUACCAAAUGUUUACCAGAAAUUUAACGGACAUUUGCAAAAUGUUUACCAGAUGCUUACCAAAUCUUCAUUGUACGCUUACCAAACAUUUACCGGACGUUUACCAAAUGCUUGCCAGAUGUUUACCAAAUGUUUACCGGACCUUUA